GGAUUUGAUAUGCAGAUGACAAGUGGAGCUUGGCGGGUAGGGUACCGGUAGCAUCAAGCCGAGGUAGAUUCAAUAAGAAGCAGCGGAAGAGCCGGUGGCCAACCGACCGAUCUGACUGAGCGACCCAAUAGGGAGGCGAGGGAGCUCCUCGUUUAGUCGAGCGUUGCUGUGAGGGGAGCUAUUUGGAACAGGCGCCCAUUGACUCACACACAGCCGGACCCGAGUGUUACCGCCACAGGAGAAAGCCCGGCCCCGCAGGGAAUAUGGCGAAUGUCAGAAACGGAACUGAAGGGACAAGCGGCGGAGGUGGCUGCGAAGAGGAGAACUUUGAAGAUGCCUUUGAAAACAUCCCAGUGGCCACCAAGAUGGAUCUUAAGUGUUCUUUGGAAGAGUGUUCAGUGGCGUUGAACCUGUUUCUGAACAAUAAAUUCUCAGAAGCUCUGGAAUUACUUCGUCCCUGGUCUAAAGGUAGCAUGUACCAUGCCCUAGGAUAUAGCACUAUUUUAGUUAUGCAGGCUGCUAUGACCUUUGAACAACAGGAUAUCCAAAUGGGAAUUGCUACAAUGAAAGAAGCUCUACAAACUUGCCAAAAAUUCAGGAAAAGAAACACAGUAGUAGAAUCAUUGUCCAGUUUAGUUUCGAAACAGUCUGUAGAUCAGUUGAGUGAAGAGGAAAUGCAUGCAGAACUCUGUUAUGCUGAAUGUUUACUACAGAAAGCAGUACUGACUUUUGUACAGGAUGAAAAUAUGAUCAACUUCAUCAAGGGUGGUCUCAAAAUCAGGACAAGUUACCAAAUAUACAAGGAAUGUCAACAAAUUCUCCAGAUGACACAGGACAGCAAAAACAGGAAUGAAACCUACCACCAGUUUGAAGGGGGCGUGCAACUAGGAAUAGGAGCAUUUAAUUUGAUGCUAUCUCUUUUACCAGGAAGAAUCCUCCGGCUUCUAGAAUUUAUUGGUUUUUCAGGCAAUAGGGAGCUGGGUCUCCAGCAGUUACGAGAAGGGGCUUCUGGUGCCAGUCUGCGGGCCAUACUGUGUACUUUCACCUUGCUACUCUACCACACUUACGUUUCAUUAAUCUUCGGAAUGGGGGAAACCAACCUCUUAGAAGCAGAGACCCUCCUUCACCCUUACCUCCAGAAGUUUCCAAAGGGUGCCAUCAUUCUGUUUUAUGAUGCCAGAAUAGACAUAUUGAAAGGAAAUUUUGAAAAGGCUCAGAUAACAUACCAGGAAUGCAUUGCAGCUCAGCAAGAAUGGAAACAGAUCCAUCACCUUUGCUAUUGGGAGCUGAUGUGGUGCUACUCCUUCCAGCAGAAUUGGCUUCAAGCAUAUCGGUAUGCAGAUCUCCUUUGCAAAGAAAGCAGGUGGUCAAAGGCAAUAUAUGCAUUCCAGAAAGCUGCCAUUUUGUGUAUGCUUCCAGAAGCUGAUGUGAAAACAACAGGAGAAGACAUUGUAGCUUUGUUUAGGAAAGUAGAAGGCCUGAAGCAAAGAAUUGCAGGAAAAUCUAUCCCAACAGAAAAGUUUGCUGUGAGGAAAUCACGACGCUAUGGGGGCUCUCAGCCUGUGAAGCUAAUAGUACCUGCUCUGGAAAUGAUGUAUGUCUGGAAUGGCUUUUCAGUUGUUGGCAAGAGAGCUGACCUGACUGAGAAUUUACUAGUAACAAUUGAAAAGGAAGAAACUGCUUUAAAAAAUGAAACUAAUCACAAUGAAUAUUACAUGGAUGACAUCUGUCUAAUACAACUGCUAAAAGGUCUGUGCUUGAAACAUGUAGGAAGACUCUUGCAAGCAGAACUCUGCUUCAAUCAAGUUAUUCAAAGUGAGAAGCAGCUGAAGUAUGAUAAUUAUCUAAUACCAUACACAAUGUAUGAAUUGGGACUUCUGUACAAACAACAGGAUGAAAGAGAAAAAGCAGUAAGAUUCAUAGAAGCUGCAAAAAACAAUUACAAGGACUAUUCCAUGGAAUCCAGGUUGCACUUCAGAAUUCAUGCAGCACUUAAUAGUCUGAAAGUGACUCCUGCUCAAACCCCUUGAUGUCAUCUGAGGGUGAUGCAUAACCCAAGGGUCUACAAGCUGCUGUUUGAAAUCUUACAAAAAUCAUGUAAAUUAUGUAACAAAAGAGAUGUAGUUUAUAUUUUUUAUCAUUUGUGAUAUUUGAAUGUUUGUCAUCCUUUUGAGUGCUUCUUUUUUCUAUGGUGCACUUCCAUCUCUCUACUUGACAUUUUAGAGGAAUACCUUAUAUUUUGUUUACAAAAGGAUUAAUUUAGUGCUUGACAUGAAAGGGGAGUAUUUAAAAAAAUUGCUGGUGCAAUAAAGAGUAAUUCAAACAUUCUAUUUUUUUAUGAGAAGACUAAUAUUGUUUAUGCAUGGAACUGUGUGAUGAUUCUGUUCAUAGUUUCAGCAUUCCUAAGGCUUGAAUGUUUGCAAUACCUUUAUUAUGAAUUAGGACUGAGAAAGUUGGCUGCUGGUAGCCGUAGUUGUGUAUUUGGAUUUAAAGCUUAGGUUUACAUACCAAAGAUACGACUUUUCCUAUUGUAGCCAAAAAGAAUGAAUGGCGUAAAGUCAUUUUAUGAAUGUUAGCUUGAAUUCUGUGCAAUAUACUGAUAAUAUAUGUGUAAACAAAAUUAGGAAAAGAUAUGGGGCUUUUUGGGGUUGCUCUUUAAAGUUGCUUUUAAAACACAAAGUCUUUCUCAGUUGUUGCAGUAAAAAAACAACACCCUUGAAUAAUGGUAGGAAUUGCAUCAUUUGUUCCACUGUAGAUAUUUAAUUAAGGGAUAUUAACUGGGUGUGAACUGUACAAUAAGAAAAUACAUUUCUAAUGUCCUGAGGACAUUUGAGGGGUCCUCAGUUCCCACCACCAAAGGUUAUUAGAUUUUGAACUUCUGUAAUUUUCUGAGGGAGGUGUUCUGGUUCAACUUCCAGUGUCAUUAUUAAUAUUUCUUAAAGCUAUACCUUUUAAUAUAUUUCUGUUGUAAAAUAAUCAAACAUUCUUAUUGUCCA